AUGCAUAAAGUUGUAGAACGUGGCACAAAAUCAUUAAUUAAUAGUAGAAUUAAAAGAAAAUCAUUUUUAAAUAAAAUAGUUCAUAAUGUAGACGAUUUAAUUCCACAUUUUCAAAACGGAAUGUAUAUUGGGUGGUCAGGUUUUGCAGGUACAUCUUAUCCAAAAGUAGUUCCAAUCGCUUUAGCUGAUCAUGUAGAAAAAAAUAAUCUUCAAGGUAAAUUAAAGAUGAAUCUUUUUGUUGGUGCUUCCACAGGUCCAGAAACUGAAGAUCGUUGGGCAAUGUUAGAUAUGAUAGAUAAGAGAUAUCCACAUCAAAAUGGUCAUCAUAUUCGUAAUGGUAUUAAUCAAGGUCGUAUUAGAUUCUCUGAUGAACAUUUAGCAAUUUUCGCAAAUGAAUUAAUAGGUGGUUAUUACACAAUGGAUAAACCACAUGGUAGUAAAAGAACUCUUGAUGUUGCUAUUAUCGAAGCUACAGAAAUUACUGAAGAUGGUUGUAUUGUUCCAGGUGCUUCUGUUGAAGAUGAAGUUUCAAAUGCUAUCGCUAAUCAUAUUGUUGGUUUCUUUAAAAAUGAAAUUGAACAAGGCCGUUUACCAAAGAAUCUUUUACCACUUCAAUCUGGUAUUGGUUCAAUCGCAAAUGCUGUAGUUGGUGGUUUAUCAAGAGGCCCAUUCGAUAAUAUUUCAGUUUGGACUGAAGUUGUUCAAGAUACAUUUUUAGAUUUCUUUGAUAAUGGAAAAUUAAAAUUUGCAUCAGCAACAUCAUUAAGAUUUUCCCCAGCUGGUUUUAAUAGAUUAUUUAAUAAUUGGGAAACCUAUCAAAAUAAAUUAGUUUUAAGAAAUCAAUCAAUUUCAAAUUCAGCAGAGUUGGUCAGACGUUUAGGUGUAAUUGCAAUGAAUACACCAGUAGAAUUUGAUAUCUAUGGUCACGUAAAUUCAACAUGCACUUUUGGUUCGAAAAUGUUAAAUGGUUUAGGUGGUAGUGGUGAAUUUUUAAGAAAUUCAAAACUUUCAAUUGUUCAUGCACCAUCAACUCGUCCAACUAAAUCAGAUCCACAUGGUAUUAGCUCUGUUAUCCCAUUUGCAAGUCACAUUGAUCAUCCAGAACACGAUAUAGAUAUUUUAGUAACUGAGCAAGGUUUAGCUGAUAUCAGAGGUUUGGCUCCAUACGAAAGAGCAAAGGUUAUCAUUGAAAAGUGUGCUCAUCCAAUCUAUAAACCAAUAUUAAUGGAAUAUUUAGAAACAUCACAUUCUUUGGGUAUUAAAAAAGGAAUGGGUCAUGAGCCACAUCAAUUAGAUAAAGCUUUCAAAUUCUAUACAAAUUUAUUCGAAAAGGGUACCAUGAGAAUUGACAAAUGGUAA